AUCCAACAUCCAGCAACGCAAAUCAAAUGAAAAUUUUGGGCUCAUGAAAUCUAGUAAGUGGGAUUUCACUGAACAUACUGUAUUCCCUUGCAUGUGCCGAAGGUGUCGUAAGAGAACCGGCGGCUCGCGAGCCAAUCGAUAACGUCCACAAACAUGAUUGGAAAGGCGAACACUUCUAUUGAAAUCCCACACCACACACACGCUGUCUCUCUCUCUCUCUCUCUCUCUCUCUCUCUCUCUCGUACCCCCGGUACCCCGACACCGAGGAAGCACAGCGAGGGACGCAGGCUAUGUUUCUGUGAUAGUAUACCAAUAAUCUGAAGAGCUUGAAAAUUGCAGUUGAUGGGAAAUAAUGUAUUUUCUUUUUCAACAUCUUACACCAUUUCACUUGUUGAAUGUUAAGAUCACCUGUCCAUCAUUACAGAAAGGGCUAUUAUAAUUUGACUCGCUGGGAGAUCCUAGAUCCAACUCUUUUGAAGCUCACUUGUGGAGAUGAAAGGUGGAAAUUCUUAUAGAUUGAGAGGGAGACUACUGUCUCUUGCUCUGAUGGUUCUCCUUUUUACAUUUUUUUUUCUUUUGAUUUGGGAAAAAAUCCCAUUUGAAACUACAUUAUCAGCAGAAGAUCAGUUAGUGCUGCCUUCUUCAGAGGAGCAUAUUGAGAAAGACUAUUCUCUGUCAUUUGCUACAGAGAAAAUUAGGCAUGAUAAAAUAGUACAAAGUUUUGAUGCAGCUCAAAUAAAUUCUACAGCUGCAUAUUCUUCCAUGGAAAAUAGUAGUGAGAAUCCUACAAAGAAAGUUUGUAAUUAUGCAAAGGGUAGAUGGGUUGCAGAUAGCCGACGACCUCUGUAUUCUGGGUUUGGAUGUAAGCAGUGGUUAUCACCUAUGUGGGCAUGUAGGUUGACUCAACGAGCAGAUUUUUCUUAUGAGAAAUAUCGGUGGCAACCAGAAAAUUGUAAAAUGCGAGAAUUUGAUGGUUCAGCAUUCUUGAAAAGAAUGCAGGACAAGACAAUUGCUUUUGUAGGAGAUUCUUUGGGGAGACAGCAAUUUCAGUCUCUAAUGUGCAUGGUCACUGGUGGCCAAGAGCACUCAGAAGUCCAGGACAUGGGAAUGGAAUAUGGUCUUCUUAAAGCUAGAGGGGCUCUUCGUCCUGAUGGAUGGGCUUUCUGGUUCCCUACUACUAACACCACCAUUUUAUAUUAUUGGUCAGCCAGCCUCUGCAACAUCGAGCCUAUUAACAUUACUGACCCUGCAACCUAUUUUGCAAUGCAUUUGGACCGUCCACCUGAUUUCUUGAGCCGAUUUCUGCAUAAGUUAGAUGUUUUGGUUCUAAACACCGGACAUCAUUGGAACAGAGGGAAGAUGAGAGCAAACCGAUGGGUCAUGUAUGUGGAUGGAAUGCCCAAUGAAGAUAAGAAGCUUGCACCAAUUGGUAAUGCUAAGAAUUUUGCAGUUCAUAGUGUGGUUAAAUGGCUUGAUUCGCAGCUUCCAUUGUAUCCACGGCUUAAUGCUUUCUUUAGGACUCUUUCACCCAGGCAUUUCUCUAAUGGCGAUUGGAACACUGGAGGUAGUUGUGAUAAUACCACUCCACUGGCUGGCGGAGGCGAAGUUUCAAAAGAUGAAUCAGAUGAUCCUGUUGUUGAGGAUGCCGUCAAGGGCACAAAGGUUAAGAUUUUGGAUAUAACUGCUAUGUCUCAGCUAAGAGAUGAAGGCCACUUGUCCCGCUAUGGCAUUAAAGGUACAGAGGGCAUACAUGAUUGUUUGCAUUGGUGCUUACCAGGCAUUCCAGACACAUGGAAUGAACUCCUUUUUGCUCAACUGUAGGGUUUCUUAUAUUAUUUUGGGAAAGGCAAUUCGUGAAGGAUGUUGGCUGAACUGCUAUUCUUUAAGGUCUGGAUGGACCUUUUAUAACAUAACCUCUUUACAAUGAAUGGGAAAACAGCAAGCAGUUCCCAUUAUAGUAUAUAUUCAUUGUCCCGUAUUUAUCAGGGAAUAAAAUAUCAAAUUCAACUUCUCAUCCGGCUUGUGAAAAUUAAGGCCUGCUGGGAGUGCUGUGAGUGCCGUAGAGCUUGGAGAAAUGCUGCUCCAGGGAUAUAUUCCUUUCUUUCUUGUUUUUUUUUAUAAAUAAUUACAGUUGAAAAAUGAGUAUCCGAUCGUGGCAUUCGCAUUUAUCCAGAAAAUGAUUAUUUUGGGUUUCCUAGCAA